AAUGAUUUCGUUUUAUUAUUAACAUUCAAGGACAACGUUCUCAUACAAUAGAAAACAAUCGCAAGAGUAGUAUCUAUUAAAAUAAUCUACGAAAUGUCUGAUUCUCCUUUCAGUCCAUUUAAAUAAUUUUACUUAAUUUCUAGCUCUGUAAAAGUAUUGAAAUGAUUGCAAUUUUGUCGAUUACUAUCUCGAAUUGCUUACCGAGAAGAGAUGGGGAAGUUGUUGUCAAAGAUAUUUGGAAAUAAAGAAAUGAGAAUUUUAAUGUUAGGAUUAGACGCAGCUGGUAAAACAACUAUUCUGUACAAGUUAAAACUCGGCCAUUCGGUUACAACUAUACCUACUGUUGGAUUUAAUGUAGAAACUGUGUCAUAUAAAAAUGUUAAAUUUAAUGUUUGGGAUGUUGGUGGUCAAGAUAAAAUUCGUCCUUUGUGGAGACAUUACUAUACAGGUACACAAGGCUUGAUAUUUGUUGUAGACUGCGCUGAUCGUGAUAGAAUCGACGAAGCCAAACAAGAGCUUCACAGGAUAAUAAACGAUCGUGAAAUGAGGAAUGCCAUUAUUUUAGUGUUUGCGAAUAAACAGGAUUUACCAAAUGCUAUGAAGCCACACGAAAUACAAGAAAAAUUAGGAUUAACACGCAUCAGAGAUAGAAACUGGUACGUGCAACCAGCCUGCGCAACCACUGGAGAUGGUCUCUACGAAGGACUGAUGUGGUUAACGUCAAAUCACAAGUCAUGAUAGGAAAUUUUAACAUAUUUUAUCUAAUUAGAUCUAUCAAAAUCUUAUUGUCAUUUAAAUUCCUACUGCCAUUUAUGCUCUAAGCUCUGAGCGGAUUGUCUUCCUUAUUAAAUAUUUACAUUUGCUAGUAAUUAGAAAAAUAUUAAAAUUAUGCAUUUAUUUGUAAUAUUUUUCAGUAUUCAGCAUGCAUAUGUAUAGUGUAACAACAUUACUCCAAAUUUAUAUACUCAAAAUGUAUUUAGAAAUAAAAUACUUACUGAAUAUUUCAUAACAUUACAAAUAUAAAUACAACAUGCAUUCUUAAUAGACAUUUUAUAAAUUAUAAAAAUAUAUAUAUAUAUAAAAAAAAUAAAAUAAAAAGGAACAAAAUAUAUAUAUUUACAAUGCUCAACUUUACCCGUUGAUUGAUAACAUCAUUUUAUAUAAAAUGUGUCUUAUAAUGGCAUAACUUUUAA